AUGGAAAUGAACAAACUCCUUGUGACUGUGCUGAAGAAGGAGCUAAGAGGAAGAAUAAAGGUAAAUGGAAUUCAUCCAGAAUGCAGAUUACAGCUGGAGCUUCAUGAAGAGGAAAAACGGUGCAUGGAACUUCUGAAGAAUUCCAAGACAGUGGGUUUUAAAGGAUGUGUUGGGAUCUGGGACAACAUUACUUGCUGGCACCCUGCAGAAAUUGGAGAAACUGUCACAAUCCCUUGUCCAAAGGUCUUCAGCCAUUUUUUCAGCAAACCAGGAAAUAUCAGCAAAAAUUGUACAAGCAAUGGUUGGACAGAUAUAUUUCCAGAUUUCUUCUUUGCCUGUGGAUAUAAAGACGGUGACGAGGAUAGUAUGAUUUUCUAUGUUUUGGUGAAAGCAAUUUACACCCUCGGACACAGUGCAUCUCUCAUUGCUCUGACUACAGGAAGUAUAAUUCUUUGCCUUUUUAGGAAACUUCACUGCACUCGGAACUACAUACAUUUGAAUUUGUUCCUGUCUUUCAUUCUAAAAGCAGUCUCUGUCUUGGUCAAAGAUGAUAUCCUCUAUUCCAGUACCAACACAGAUCACUGUCCAGAGGAUCAACCAUCCUGGGUCGGCUGCAAGGCUAGCUUGGUAUUUUUCCAGUACUGUGUAAUGGCCAACUUUUACUGGCUCUUAGUUGAAGGGCUUUGUCUCCACAUCCUCCUCAUGGUCAUGUUCUCUCCUAACAGACACUUCAUCAUAUAUCUCCUUAUUGGAUGGGGAAUCCCUACAGUGUUCAUCAUCAUGUGGAUAGUGUCUAGAAUCUAUUUAGAGGACACUGGUUGCUGGGAUAUGAAUGAUCAGAGUGGUCCUUGGUGGAUUAUAAGAUUACCAAUCCUAAUUUCAAUUUUAGUGAAUUUUAUACUUUUCAUUAGCAUUAUAAGAAUUUUACUACAAAAGUUGAGAUCACCAGAUGUUGGAGGCAAUGACCAGUCCCAGUACAAGAGACUUGCAAAGUCAACACUGCUGCUUAUACCACUCUUUGGCGUUCACUACAUGGUGUUUGCUGUCUUUCCUAUUCGCAUUUCUGAAAACUAUCAGAUAAUUUUUGAGUUAUGUCUGGGAUCUUUUCAGGGCCUGGUUGUUGCAGUCUUGUAUUGCUUUCUGAACAGUGAAGUACAAAGUGAACUAAAAAGAAAAUGGCGGAGUUGGUGUUUGAACCAAAGAAUGGGCAGAGAUUACAGACUUCACAGCUAUUCUAUUUCUCGAAAUGGCUCAGAAAGCAUCUCCCAAUUGCAUCGUAAUUCAGCAACUCAGUUUUCUCUCCAGACUGAAACUGCAGUGAUAUAAGCCAUGUGGGUGCCUGCAAAAGACUAUAGGGCAGAUCGCUGUAUAGCUCAGUCAGCAUGAUUGAUUUUAUAACUUCUGUAGAGUUUUUACUCUGUUUUUCUCUACAUGUCAACCUGGGGGGUGGUCUAGCAGUAUGAGGAUGUCCUUUGAGCUUAGCCUUAGAACUUGUUUUCAGUCCUGGGAUUCAUAUAUCCUCGGAGCAUAUGAAGUGGUGUAUUUUAAUGCAUUUUUAUUAGCUGCACCUCUUUUAGAGAUGUGACCCCUCUCAAUUCCAGUCUGAAAAUAGUUGGGAUUUACUGGAUAAGAAACAAGAAGAGAGGCCUGCUGUAUCAGACCAGUGUCCAUCUAGUUCAGCAUUCUGUUUCCAACAAUGGUCAGCCAGGUACCUCCAGAAGGUCACAGCAAGACAUGGAGGCAAGGGCUCUCUCCCAUUGUUGCCAUCCAAAGCCAGAGAUAUACUGCCCCUGAACCUGGAGUAUGUAUAGAAACUGUCGUGAGAAGCAGCCAUUGGAUAGCCUAAUCCUGCAGCAAAUAUUUCCCUACCUGGGACCUAGUCUGUUCUGUUGAUGCAGGUUAUGAUAUAAACCCACAAGGUUAUGCUAGGCCUUGGCCUGGUUGCUACUGCUAGUCCCAAAGGACUUGGUCCAAGUGUGGGGAACCUCCACCUCAUUAGUUGUUCCAGGACACUCCAUUUGGCCUACCAGGCCAUUUUGAUCAAGCCACACCACAUUAAGUGUGGGGUAGGUAAAGACACAGCUGGGCCAAAGGAGUUUGCAGGCACUGCCAAUCAGAUGAUUGGCAGCACCUGCAAAGCCCUUAGUAUAGUACUUUGCAAGUGCCAACAAUCAGCUGGUCCAAACCUGACAAAGCCCAUUAAGGUAAUCUUCAAAGCAUGAUGGUACUUUCAAAUCUGGCAAACUCUAAGAAGCCUAUGAGUGGGCUUGGAUAGGACUUCACUGCUCAGAAGGCAGGUCCUUGCUAUGACUAGUAGAAGCAAAAGAUGAUGAAUUUAUAUGACAAUUAUUAUUUGUCUGCAAUAUCUGUGUAUGGUAGUGUCAUGUAAAUACUUAAUUUUUUCCUUCUGCUACCCA